CUGCAACAAGGAUUUCUGCUGCUCGGAGCAACGGCCUAGAUUUCUCCACAGACACGCAACGAUCAUAUCUUUCUCGAGAAGUCAGUAGUUUUUCUGGUUCAAUGCUCGAGUAUUCCUGGAUUCGCGAGGCAUCUCUAGUCUGUGUUUCCAUCCGUUGCGUGCUUUUCACGGUUUCUGAUGUAUGAAAUUAGGGUUAUCGUCUUGCGUCCUUGAUAGGCCGCCUAAGUUGAAAUGCAACGAUCUUAUAGUUUCCAUCGCCAAAUCUGUCCUCGACAUUCCUUUUAACAGUAUAGUUAUUUUUAUAACGCGGAAAUAACCAGCAAUCAUUGCCUCCAGAUGGCGCAUCGAGCUUCCUCCGCCUCCUCCGGAGCGGGAGAGCCACGAGUAUGGGCCCCCAGGCGAAGCCAGCGAGUGGAUCAACGGCCAGGAUUCGCAUCAGCCGCCGCCGCCGCCGCUACGCCCUCUGCUGCCGGCCGGAGUUCCAACGUGCGGCCCGUGCGGCCAGCCGGAUCCCCCGCCGCAGCUCCCGCUGAGGGGCACAGCGUCACGAGCCGCACCCCGGCGCAACACCGCCGCUCGCUAGCAGAGAUCGCGGCCGCGUCGUCCUGCGGCAGCCGGCCCGCGCCUGGCGGCGGGAUGACGGCGGUGGUCGGGGAGGCGAGUCUCACUGCGCAAGUCGCGGACAACCUCGCGCUGCCGCCGCACGGCGUCGCGUCCGCCGCGUCCUCCUUAAACGGCGGGGAUGGUGGCGGGAGUGCCGUUGGCGCAGGCAGGGCAGGGGGAGGGGGAGUGGGAGGGGAAGCGGGCAGCGCAUGGGGUGUACAGUACCACGCGGGGCCCAGCAGAGCGGCGGCUGAUUGGCCGGCUAUCGCUACCGCGUCGCACGAGUUUGUAGAGGGCGCUGCGGCUUCCGAGUCGUCGGAGGUUCCUGUAGCGAGGGAUAUGGAGUCCGGGAAAGAGGGAGGCGAUCCCCAUUGGGUGGAAGGCCACCGGCACCAGCAGCAGCAGCAGCAGCAGCAGCUGCUCGAGCAGCAGCACCGGCAUCAGCAGCAAGUAAUGGAAGAGCAGCAGCCGCCGCCGCCGCCGCCACAUCAACAGCUUGCGCGGCAACACCGGCAGCAGCAGGAGCAGCAGGAGCAGGAGCAGCAACAACAACAGCUGCUGCUGCAACAGCAGCAGCAUCAGCAAUCGCUACAUCUGCACCAGCAGCAGCGGCAACAGCGGCAGCAGCAGAACAUAGGCGCACGUCAAUCCAACGCAGACGAUCAUCUUCAUCCGUCGCAGCCGCGGUCGCAGUCGCAGUCGCAGCAGCAGCGGCAGCAUGUCGCCAUGGCGGACGACCAAGACUCUGUAGAUAGCCACGAGGAGAGCUUUGCGCAGGUCGCUCCGCCUGUUGCGCGCGAACAGGUCUCACAGUCCAACUCAGUCGUAGACGGCAGGCGCGGCGGGGGCUGGGGCGCGGGGGGCCGCGGAGUCGAGUUCCGCGGGCACGUGCAGACGCGCUCGGCGCGCAGUGGCCGCGGCCGCGGAAGCGUAGGGAGAGAAGGCGGGGUUGCCAUCAGCGGCGUUGGCGUGGUGAGGGGAGUCGGCGCAGGGCCUGGCGGAGCGGGGGUAUGGGCAGUCGCGGAGGGAGACGGGAGCCGCGCGGGGUACUGGGCUGGGCCGCAUGGGGAAGGGGGAGGGGGGUUGGGGGAACGGGGCCCGGGGAUAUCUUCCGCCAUGGGCGUCCCCGCGCCUGCUGCCCCCGUGCUGAGCCAAGGAUCGUCGCUGGGGAGCGGGCAUGACGCGGGCGCAGGCGCGGGCGCGCAUAAGAGGCAGCGAGGGAGGCGGUCCGCGCCUGCGCCCGCCAUGGCGGAAGUGCACAUGGCCGCGGAUGCGGGCGGGCGGGUUGGAGAUUCUGACGAGGUCUCGAUCGGCAGUAUGAACGCCUGCAGCAGCGGCGCUAGAAGCGCGGGAGGCGGAGGGGCAAGAAGCGGGGGGGGAAGGGGGAGGGGGCAGGAGGAUCGGGAGAUCGACGCCUUGGGGCGGUGCAUGACCAAGAUCCUGCGGCAUCAGGCGAGCCAGCUGGGCAUACACGUGGCGCCAGAUGGCUUCGUGCUAGUGGUAGAUCUCCUGCGGCUGCCUGUGAACACCAACGCCCACCGGCCCCUCGCAUCGCACACGCUGGAGGACGUGCGCAAGGCUGUAGCGCGGGACAACAAGCAGCGGUUCACGCUCAAAGAAGGGCCGGACGGCGAGGCGUAUGUGCGGGCGAACCAGGGCCACUCGCUGCACGUGGACGAGGAGCAGCUGCUGCAGAGAGUGACCAACCCCGCAGUGCUUCCAGAGUGUGUGCACGGCACGUACGAGCGCCACCUGCCAUCCAUACUGGCGUCUGGCCUGAGCCGCAUGAACCGGCAGCAUGUGCACCUCACCAAGGGCGUUCCCUCGCACCACAAUGCUGUUGUCAGCGGGUUCCGUGCGAAUGCCGAGGUACUUGUGGUGGUAGACGUGGCUCGAGCCAUGGCAGACGGCAUGUCGUUCUUUCAGUCUGACAACGGCGUGAUCCUCUCCUCCGGCUUCGACGGCUGCAUCCCUCCCAAGUACUUCUCAUCCAUCCUCAAAUGGCCCUCGCUCCUCUCCCACCCACUCUCCCCUCUUUCUCCUCCGCCUUUCCCCACACCCGUCCCGCCCGCCACCUCUGCUGCUGCUUGUGUGGGUGAGGCAGUCGGCCCGUUUAUAGACUCAAUCCAGGGGGGUCUGGGAGUUUUCACGCCUGUCCCUCCCGCUACAUCCGCUGCUGCAUGUGUGGGGGAAGCAGUUGGGCCGUUUCUAGACCUCAACCAGGGGGGGUUGGGAGUGAACACACGUGUUCCCCCGGCUGCUUCGGCCGCGGUGUGUGUUGGGGAAGCGAGUGUGAGGAGCGAUGGGGGCGGCAUGGGGGACGAGGGAGGGGCUGGGACGGCGGAAUCUGGGAGAGGGGAGGUGGGAGGGUCGAAUGAAGAUGAGGAGAUGGUGGGAUGAGAUGGUGGGAUGAGAUGGUGGGAUGAGAUGGUGGGAUGAGAUGGUGGGAUGAGAUGGUGGGAUGAGAUGGUGGGAUGAGGAGAUGGUGAGAUGAGGCGAUGGUGGGAUGAGGAGAUGGUGAGAUGAGGCGAUGGUGGGAUGAGGAGAUGGUGAGAUGAGGCGAUGGUGGGAUGAGGAGAUGGUGAGAUGAGGCGAUGGUGGGAUGAGGAGAUGGUGAGAUGAGGCGAUGGUGGGAUGAGGAGAUGGUGAGAUGAGGCGAUGGUGGGAUGAGGAGAUGGUGAGAUGAGGCGAUGGUGGGAUGAGGAGAUGGUGAGAUGAGGCGAUGGUGGGAUGAGGAGAUGGUGAGAUGAGGCGAUGGUGGGAUGAGAUGGUGGGAUGAGGCGAUGUUUGGGACAGACAAGGGGAUGGUGGUGUUACUAGCACAGCCCAGCUUGACUACAUCCCGCUCGGGACGGGUCGGGAAGGGAAGGAAGUGGUGGUGGUGCAGCACGGUGAGGGACGGAGCACUUCUGAGUCGGACGCAACACUCUCAAGUGUUGGUGUAGUGAGUGAUGGAUGGGGUUGGUCUAACAGGUGCAAAAGGUAUGUAGCAUAGGUAGAGGUCUGCUUAGCUUGAUCUCGAACAAAUGGACACCCCUCAAAUUUUACUAAAGUCGCUGAUACGAACAUUUGCAUUUGUUGCCCUUUUCACCAUCUUAUUGUUGCAACAAGGCCGCUGCGGACAUGUCAGGUGUAAAGCAGGUUUUUUUGUUCUCAUUCCUAACAAAUGGCCUAAACAGAA